UUGGACUCAACAGUCGGCUCGUGGUUUGUCAGUCCUAUCCUUUCAGGAAUCGUUUCCGUUUUGAUAUUUCUUGUUUUGCGAAUAUUUAUUUUAGAAAAGGAAAAACCUCUGGAACCGGGACUCAUAGCUCUUCCACUAAUCUAUGGAAUUGUAAUCUUUAUUAACGUGUUUUCUCUCAUUCACGACGACCCCUACCUACACACCGUGUGGUGGAUAGCUAUGUGUAUAGCCAUUGGAUUGGCUCUCUUAAUAGCAGCUAUUGUUUGGUUUUUUGUGGUCCCGCGACAGAGGAAGACAAUUACCGAGAAACUCGAGAAAUUGGAGGAAAAAGAAGCGCAAAUAACUGAUACAAACGACAACUUACAGCACAACGAGAAAGAGCCAAACACAGAGAAAAAAUCAAGUCUAAUGAUAAGUGAGGGAAAAGAUAUUGAAAACGGACACAACGUUAUGGACGAGACAAAGGAGAAGGAAGAAUCAGAUGACGAUAAGCCAGAAGUUUCUCAGUUGUUCACAUUCUUGCAAAUACUGACGGCGUGUUUCGGUUCGUUCGCACACGGAGGCAAUGAUGUCAGCAAUGCAAUCGGGCCUUUAGUAGCCAUUAUGUUGAUCUUCUUGGAGGGCGAUCACGACCAGAGCGAAGGCACGCCGUGGUAUACGUUACUGUACGGAGGCGUUGGUAUUAGUGUUGGC